AUGGGUUGCCGUCAAACUGGGAAUCUUAGCGGCACUGCUGGGUCUCCAGAUCGCAUGCCUGGUUCUCCGAAUGCGGUCGUCUUCCGCAUGGACGCCGGCCACCAUCCCCAGCGGCCUUCUGUCACCGGGCCUUCUCUCAUGCUCGGCUUGUACUUCCCCGUGGUGAUACUAUGCGACGUGGCACGCGCUCGCACCCUGUGGCUGGUGUUUUCUGCUUCAUCCCCCGGUGUCCCUUCGUUGUCCACGGCGGCCACAUCACUGACCGUUCUCCUGCUCAACCUGGAGGAACGAAGAAAGAAAGGGUUCGAGUCCGACGCCAGUGCCACGACCCGAGAGAUGCAGAGCGGCGUCUGGGACCGCACCUUCUUUAUAUGGUUGUUGCCUGUGUUUCAACGAGGAUUUCGAGGGCUACUGACGAUUGACGAUCUUGCUGAUGUCGAUGCGGAGUUACAGGCUGAGGUGCUGUAUCAGAAAUUGUCCAAGUCAUUGAUGAAACGUCCCGUGCCAUGCUCAUGCAGCCAUAACGACCUUCGACGCCUUAUCCUCCUCGUUGUUGGCCGGCAUCCCGCCGCGGCUAGUCCUCCUGGCCUUCACAUUUGCCCGACCAUUCCUCGUCACCGCGACCUCUACAUGCGACAAGCGUUUCGUUUCGUCCUGCGCGUCCGCGGGACUCUGGACGCUCUUAUCUAUCGCCACACUACCGGCCGCCGAUACCAGCCGACAGAAAAGGAGCGCACCGCCAUGACAUUAUUGGGGAGUGACGUCGAACGGAUUGUGUCAGGGCUUCGGGACAUCCACGAGAUCUGGGCUUCGACCAUCAACGCAGCGCUGUGGCUCAGCUGGUGGUCUUCCGCCAACGGCCGCAGUCCAAACCACCAAACGGGCAUGUACUUUAGCGUCUACGCGGGUCUUUCGAUUGGGUCGCUCCUGACGCUCAUGCUGGCGUGCCGCACUUAUGAUCUCCACGAUACUGAACUCAGCGAUGAGACUCCAUUCGGAUCUCCUGCACACGACGACGAACGCUCCACUGCGCCUGUUCAGGACACCGACCCUGGAGAACUGACCAACCGAUUCAGCCAAGAUAUGGAACUCAUCGACAUGAUGCUUCCACUCGUGGCGAUCAACACCGCCGACUCGGUCGGGUCCAGCCUGGUAAAGCUGGGUAUCCUGUGCGCGGUCAGCAGCUACGCAGCGCUGACGGCCCCCUUCUUCAUCCUGGCCCUGUGGGUCCUCCAGCGUUUCUAUCUGCAUACCUCUCGGCAGGUCCGACUGCGUGACAUUGAAGCAAAGGCGCCCCUGUACUCUCGCAUGCUGGAGACGAUCGAUGGGCUCGCAACCAUCAGGGCCUUCCAGGGGACGACGGAUUUCGAGACAAAGAAUGAUCGGCUGACGACGCGGUCCCAGAUCCCCAUUUACACGCUCUACUGCGUCCAGCAAUGGCUGCAGGUUGUGCUGGACAUGAUGGUGACCGUUCUGGUGGUCAUCCUCAUCGCAGUCUUCGUCUCCUGGCCGGGAUUGGCGCGCGUGCAGGCUUUCGUCCGCGACACCGAAUCUGAAUGUCCCGCCCUCGCACCAGCAAUCCCUGCGCCAGGGUGGCCGUCCGCAGGCGCCGUCGAGUUCUGCGACGUGCGGGCAAGUACAGGUAGGCUGCAAUCCCUCCAGGCACAAAAGUUCGCCAUCUGCGGCUGCUCCGGCAGCGGCAAGCCCUCGCUCAUUCUGUGUCUCCUGCGGCUCCUGGACGCCCAGCAAGGCACCAUCACCGUCGACGGGUGCAGCCUUGCGCCUCUGGACCCGGCGAGUCUCCGCACCCGCUUCGGCACCGUCCCGCAAACAGCCUACUUCAUGUCAGGAUCCAUCCGCCGCAAUCUCGAUCCGCACAACACCGCCUCCGACGCCGAGGUUAUCCGCAUCCUGCAAGCAAUGUCGCUCUGGGAGUGGAUCCACGCGCUGGGCGGCCUCGCCGCCGAACUCAGGGACACAGACUGGUCCACCGGUGAGCAGCAGUUACUCUGUCUAGGGCGGGCGCUGCUCCGCAGAAGCCGGAUCCUCUUGCUGGACGAGGCGACGAGCAGUAUGGGACGCAGCCACAGCAACAUCGAUGCAGCAUGUCCUGCAGGCGGAAUGUCAGGGAUGCACGGUGCUUGCCGUCAUGCAUCAGCUCCAGCACGUAGAACGGUAUGA